CUGGAAAUAUUGCAAUUUUACCCACAGCUCACCCCUCCAGAAAUCUUGCCUCACAAUGUACACGUUCCCCAUCUUUUGCAAUGGUCCCUGUGUGAGAAAACUGGAGCAUUGGAACCAGGCUAAUAACAAAAUAGCAACAGCAGUAAAAUCAUGAUAAUCCUCAAGCCGGAGGCUUCAGCUAGGUUCAUAGUCCUAUGCAGGUUAAGUCCAUAGCUCACCCAUUCCACAAAGUAGCUGAACAGGCAGGGAGUUCAGAGCAAUCAUCACGCUGGCAGCUGCAGCCAGGGGGUGCAUCCAGGCCACAAGGGCUGUAGAAGAAAACCUUAUGGGUGGUUAGAUACAUGUUUUAAUGGCACCAGGGUAGGCAAAUCUUGUCUGUCAGGUAGGAUACAUGCAAAAGAGUGGUCCUGUGAUAGGACAGUGACAGGAAUGGGACCUCGUCCUGGUCUAGUAUACAAGACUUUCAACUCCUCUUCCUGUGGGGGUUACUGAUGGGUCUAUAUGUAGGGCUGUGGGAGGCACAUGGCUGGCCACAAUGCUAAGCCAAAACUUCCCGGUAAGAUGCUCUUACCUUCCUGCCUUUUUGGUUACACUACCAUCAUCUUUGGGGGUCCCUCUGCUGUUACACCAGGAACACACAGGAGAACAGCUUUCAGGCCUUGUUCCCAAGGUGCCAGAAGAGCCAGCCAUCGUCGGUCCACCUGUCAAAAUGUCCAAGGCCACGUAGUCUCCAGGUUGUGGGACUCAGUCACACAAUGCACUUCUGAUGGAGUUCUGCUGACCUCUUCAAAGGUCAAAGGCUCUGGGCGUGGGGAGGCCGAGACGCGGGAGUGUAUCUACUACAACGCCAACUGGGAGCUUGAGCGCACCAACCAGAGUGGACUGGAGCGCUGCCAGGCUGAGCAGGACAAGCGGCUGCACUGCUAUGCCUCCUGGCGCAACAGCUCAGGCACCAUUGAGCUCGUCAAGAAGGGCUGCUGGCUGGACGACUUCAACUGUUACGACAGGCAGGAGUGUGUGGCCACCGAGGAGAACCCCCAGGUGUACUUCUGCUGCUGCGAAGGCGACUUCUGCAACGAGCGCUUCACCCACUUACCAGAGGCUGGGGGCCCAGAAGUCACGUACGAGCCACCCCCGACAGCCCCUACCCUGCUCACGGUGCUGGCCUACUCGCUGCUGCCCAUUGGGGGCCUGUCCCUCAUCGUCCUGCUGGCUUUCUGGACAUACCGGCACCGCAAGCCCCCCUACGGCCACGUGGACAUCCACGAGGAACCUGGACCUCCUCCUCCAUCCCCUCUCGUGGGCCUGAAACCGCUGCAGCUGCUGGAGAUCAAGGCUCGGGGUCGCUUUGGCUGUGUCUGGAAGGCACAGCUCAUGAAUGACUUUGUGGCUGUCAAGAUCUUCCCGCUCCAGGACAAGCAGUCGUGGCAGAGUGAACGGGAAAUCUUCAACACACCUGGCAUGAAGCAUGAGAAUCUGCUGCAGUUCAUCGCCGCUGAGAAACGGGGUUCCAACCUUGAGGUAGAGCUGUGGCUCAUCACGGCUUUUCACGACAAGGGCUCCCUCACGGAUCACCUCAAGGGGAACAUCAUCACGUGGAACGAGCUGUGUCACGUGGCAGAGACAAUGUCAAGAGGCCUCUCGUACCUCCAUGAGGACGUGCCCUGGUGCCGUGGCGAAGGCCAUAAGCCGUCUAUUGCCCACAGGGACUUCAAAAGCAAGAAUGUGUUGCUGAAGAAUGACCUCACUGCCGUUCUAGCUGACUUUGGUCUGGCUGUCCGAUUUGAGCCAGGGAAGCCCCCGGGGGACACUCACGGGCAGGUGGGCACGCGGCGGUACAUGGCCCCUGAGGUGCUUGAGGGAGCCAUCAACUUCCAGAGGGAUGCCUUCCUGCGCAUUGACAUGUACGCCAUGGGGCUAGUGCUGUGGGAGCUCGUGUCCCGCUGCGGGGCUGCAGAUGGACCUGUGGAUGAGUACAUGCUGCCCUUUGAGGAAGAGAUAGGCCAGCACCCAUCACUGGAAGAGCUGCAGGAGGUGGUUGUGCACAAGAAGAUGCGACCUGCCAUUAAGGACCACUGGCUGAAGCACCCGGGCCUGGCCCAGCUCUGUGUGACCAUUGAGGAGUGCUGGGACCAUGAUGCGGAGGCUCGGCUGUCUGCGGGCUGCGUGGAGGAGCGGGUGUCCCUGAUCAGGAGGUCAGUCAACGGCACUACCUCGGACUGUCUUGUCUCCCUGGUGACCUCAGUCACCAAUGUGGACCUGCCCCCUAAAGAGUCGAGCAUCUAAGCCCAAGACUGGAGCGGAUCUCCAGACCCAGCGGAUCUGCAGAGGAAAGGAAAAGUUGUGCUUUUUUUUGGGAUCCCGUAACACCAACAAACACAUAAAAUGCAGCUGCUGCUACUUUACCUUGACUUUUUAUUAUUAUUAUAAUUAUUAUAAUUAUUAUUAUUAA